CUAGGAGCAAGGAAGCUACUAGGAGCUCCUGGCAUCGCUACUAGGAGCAAGUGCCUUACUACUAGGAACAAGAAGCUACUAGGGGCUCCUGGCAUCGCUACUAGGAGCGGUCGGACGCUACUAGGGGCUCUGCGCCUACCAGGAGCGGUCGGACGCUAGGGGCUCCUGUGACUCACCCUUCCUUUUGGAUUCCAAAGGGAAAUCCACCGACCAUGUCUGAAACUGUGGUGCCAUGCCUACAGAAUGAUGCCCACAAGAUUGGAGCCGUGGUGGCCAUUUUCACAGCCCUGAGCUCCAGCAGCCUGGCACAUUUGCUGCACCAUAUCGGCACAGAUGUUCCAGAGGAAUACUCCUUGAGGGGCUGUCGUGGGCGGAUUAUUCAAGACAUCUCCUGUGGCGGCAUCUAUCUACCGGAGUAUCUCAUCUUUGCCAUUGGCUUCACAUUUGUCAGCCUUUGUAUGUGCCAUGCUUUCCAAAAGGCUGGCUACAUCCUCGAGAAGUACAGUACGCUCUCUUCUAGGUUGGUGCGAGUCUUUCGCAUGGCUGGCCUUGUAGGCUGCGUUUCGAUGAUACCAAUGGCGUGGAUUUCUAUGCGGUUCCACCGGGGGUUUCAUUUGCUCUUCGCCGGACUGACGAUGGGUCCAUGGUGUGUUGCCUUUAGCGUCCGCUGCUAUUCCGGUUGCCCUCCCUAUCACCGCUUUGCAGUGAUCACAUGCGUCAUGGCUGCUGUGCUGAUAGUCUGGUGGUUCACAUCGAUUCUUCUUGGCUUUUCCAAGCAAUCCUGGGCAGAAUGGGUGGCAUUCAUUUGCUUCUUGCUGCAUACGUUCACCUUCCCUGUACCUGCUUCGCGUUCUUCCAUUUUUCGGUCAGAGCAAGAACAGGCAGAGGUGGAGUUGGAGCCAGCAGGCAGAGGGAAUUAAGAAGGGGGCUGCAAAAGCCAAGGAGGUGUAGAAGGCACAUUACGGUUGUAGCGAUGCACUUGCUACUAGUAGCUUCUGGCUACUCUUUUACUGUUUAUUGGUUUGGCCAAAGCAUGGCACAUCAUGGAACAUUACACUUGCUGACGCAACACAGGAGCCUAAGUGAGAACAUCCGACAGCUGCCUUUUGCAAGAGUGAGAAGCAUGUGAGACGGGGCAACUCGAGUAUGUCCGAAUUGAGAGACCCAACGAUAUCUGUGGAGAUUGUCUGGGUGAUGCCGGAUGCACAUUGGGUCCCCUGUUAUCGCAGAC